AUAUUAUAAUGCGAUUCAUGUUAAACUAUCAUUGAAAACCUGUUAGCACUGAACGACUGUUCCAUUCCAAUACCAUAGGACUCCUGCAUACCGGACUCAAACCCAAGAAAUUCAGUGACAAGCUUAUUUUUCACAUUGUUCAUUGCAGUUAUGAUGAUCAUUGUAAAUUGAUAUUUGAUUCAAAACCAAUUCUGAUAAAUUUGAAUUGUCCCAAUAAAGCCCUAUGUAAUACGUAACCAAAAUAUCAAUUUUUUUAUUAUAAAAACAAUACUGGUUUGCGUACAGUUUACAUUUACAUAUUUAACACUGGAUGAUCGUCUCGUUCUGGUAUGAGACUCCUCAACUGUAUUCACGCAAAGUCUCGCCUUGCGAGAUCUGAACCCGUUACCUAUAAGUCUCGCAGGCGAAUCCUCAAUCUAUAGACCAGCGGUGUUAAUGCCUAAAUUCAACUAAUACACGAAAUUGAGUGACACAUCCAACAUUGUCUUCAUCGUGUUACUACCUCACAACAGACCCAGGUUGAACUAUACUGGUCACUGCUACUCACUAGAACUCCGGGGAAUACUUUUGGGAACCAGUUACUGUAAUCCAAUAGUUGAAUACAUGGAAAACCUUGAAGCAAUAGUUCGAUUUCCAUAUGCAGUUUUGUGGAUACCCACUUUCUAAGAAUCUUAUACCAGAACGAAACAGCUUUUUGAUACUUCCAGUUCUUCAGUAGUGAUCUAAUUUAGAUAGACACAUAAAUUUAACUGUAUCCAAUUAUAUAAUCCAAUUUAUUUUAUAUUCUAAUUCUAGAUAAACAUGUUUGGAAUUGUUCAAAUUAUUCUAUGGAUUUACACUAGAAGAAGUAAAGUUCCAAAUAUAUCGACUUAUGCAAGAAAAGUUUUCAUAAUUCUUACCAUUCAACUACUUAAUACACUAUUCAUCAUGAUAAUUUUCUUGCUAUCUUAUGUAAUUCGAUCUCUGGAAGACUCAAUGGUACGAUCAAUUGUUUUUAGUGUAUUAGUCUUCAUUGCUGUUGUGACAGCAUUAUUGAUUGCAUUUGUGAAGGAAAUAAGUGAUUCAUUCCCAUUGAAUGUUAUUACUUUGUUUAUUUAUACGAUAACCUUAGCUACAGCUAUUGAAAUAUUGGAUAUAUUGGUGGGUAUGGGUGCUAAACUUGGUGCUUUUGGAAUCAGUCUAACAUUAUUUACAUCGGCAUUACUUAUUGGUGCAGCUAUCAAAACAAGAUUAGCAGAUUAUUUAACGGCGAUUGUAAUACUGCUUAUAAUCGCUGCUAUUUUAAUUGCUGUAGCGAGUAUUUUAAUCACAAUUUUUAAACACCCGUCAGCAGCGAUCAUAUUCUACAUACUUACAGAUAUAUUGCUAUUUGUUAUAACAAUAUUUAUCAGUCAAAUAACAGUUGGCAAAUUACAAUUACGUAUCUUUUGUACUGAAUAUACUUUGGCUGCAUUAUUAUUAUAUAAUAUGUUUUCAACUACAUAUUUAACCACUACUGGUAUGAUUUGUAACAUAACCAGUACUUGUAAUAGUUCAAAUGCAUCCAUUUAUCCAUUCAACAAUUUACCGGGUUAUAUAAUUUGA